AUGUUCAGGAUGAACUACAAUCGUGAUAACAACUACAACAGGAACAACUAUGGCAACAUGAUUUAUCUAGUUGGGCCCUAUGUUCCACCUAGUAAUAGAGAAUGUAGUAAUAGAGAGGCUGGUAGUAGUAUGUCACGCAUUGAGGAUAUGAUGCAGAAGAUGAUAAAGAGGUUUUAUGCAACUAAUGAGAAUGUGAAAGAGAUGCGAAAUGACUUGUCUGGAAUCGGUCAAAAAAUUGAUGCCCAUGUAGUGUCGAUCAAGCCACUUGAGCAACAAUUUAGUCUGUUGUCCCUUACAGUGAAUGUACAUCACCCUAGCACACUCUCUAGCAACACCAUCCUGAAUCUGAAGAAUGAUUGGCAUUAUGUUGAUGAGAUUGAGGUUACUGGCGAGUCAAAAAAUGCUACAAAGAAGGAAGCGGAGGUGACCCAAAAAGUUGUUCCCAUGCCUAGACCUCCACCUCCAUUUCCAAAGAGAUUGGACUUGGUGACCAAAAAGAGGACUGUCAAUUUUGAGGAUGAAGAAAGGUUACAAAAUUGCAGUGAUAUUGCUACUAGGUCACUUGUGCAAAAGAAAGAGGAUCUUAGAGCUUUCACUAUUCCUUCUACCAUUGGGAUGUUGCACUUUGCAAAGGCUUUGUGUGAUUUGGGUGCCACCAUUAAUCUAAUGACAUUGUCGAUCUACAAGAAGUUGGAUUUAGGGGCUUCAAAAGUGACUGCGAUGCGCCUACUCAUGACUGAUAGAAUUGUGAAGAAGACUAUUGGUGUUCUCCAAGAUGUCCUUGUGAAAGUGGAGUCGUUCAUUUUUUCAGCGGAUUUUGUGUUACUUGAUUAUGAGGUUGAUUUUGAGGUUUCCAUCAUCUUAGGGAGACCAUGCCUUGCUACUGGGCUUGCCUUAGUCAAUAUGGAGAUAGGGGAGAUAAAGUUCUGA